UUGAGGUAACGUUGGGCUUCCUGUUUUCGAGAAAGACUGAACUCUAAAUACAUUUUUGGCGGGAAAUCCAAUCCAAUAUGGCGGCCUCGGAGGAAGAAACAGAUCUCGCUGCAGAGACUGAUUACGAAGCUUUAGCCUAUCAGCAGAGAUUAAAGGCGGCGUUGCACUACACUGUAGGCAAGAUAUGCGAGGAAACUGGAGCUGAGGCAGGAUUGACAUUUUCUCGUCAGUUCAUUGCAGCCCUAACAGAGACCUCAUACAGGCAAUGUGAAUCAUUUGCUGUGGAUCUGGAACUUUUUGCAAAACAUGCCAAGAGGAGUACAAUUAACAACGAAGACGUCAAACUUCUUGCAAGGAAAAGUCCUUCAUUGGCGCAGCACAUAAAGAAGUUUGAUAGUGAAAUGACUACAGCUCUGGAAGCAGAAAAAGCCAACAAGAAGGAGAAAAAAGCUGCAAAGAAACAGCAAAAGAAAAAUGAACCCACAGAAGAUAAAGACAAUGAUGACACAUGACACACUGCAGCAAAAAUUAGUCAUGUUUAUUAUGAAAAUAAUGUUGAAUUAUGUACAGUUUGUAAUGUUCAAGAAAUCUUCAGUGAUACUUAUUAUCAACAUAUACAGACGCACUAACAUCAACAGGAAGUGAGUUAGCAUUACACAAAAAAAUAUAAAACAAAUUUUAUGUUGUUA